AGACACUCUAAGCAUCUUGCUCUUUAGCUCCAACGGCGCACUGCCCCCUUCUUGCGGCACGGCAGGAGAAGGGAUCCUUGCCUCCGGGGGGACGACAGCCCCUUGCUCAAAUUCGCAGGCUUGAACAUUUGGGACGACGUCAGUGAAGAUGGCUGCAGUAGCUCACCAUCCUUUCUCUGCCCUGCUGUUAGCCCCAAGGCUGCUCAUGGCCCGGUACUGUAUCUCAGCGGGUUCUCAUCGGUCAAGUGCGCUGUCGCGUGUAAUGGGAAGACCUGGAGAGCUGGCCAUGCACGGCUUGGGCAAGGGAGUCACCUACCUGGUUACUGUCGGCCUCUCAUCCCUCGGUGUCAUGACCAGUGGUCAUGUCUCUGUCCUCGCCGCCCGCUUAGGCACUCUCCUGGCUCAGGGGUGCUCUUCUUCUGCUCAAAACGCAUCUAUAAAGGGGACUCAAUUCUCGACACUGCACCCUCCCUCCACCUAACACAGGACAUCAAGACAGCCGCUUCCAAGGCUACCUGGCUAUAACCAACGUAGCGCUUACCUCCCGUUUCAACAUCAUCAUCAGCUGCGAAUUGCUGCGACUCCCAGUCAGCUU